UCACAUGACACAAAUUAUACAUAGUCUUAAAUAUCAUACUUGAAAACCAAUUCAUGAGCUGUCAACUUUAAUUUUCUAUUUGUCGUUUUGCAUUCCACCGGUCUUUUGGUUCCAUCUAGAGCGUAGUAUCGUGAGUGCAUAUUUUCCCCUCCUCGGGGCAGAUAUGUAAAUUUAAUGACACUGGCAAAGUGCGUGUGAUCAGGUUACUGUAUAGAUUACAUGGUGACCCUGCAAAACACACAGGCACAGAGACCUAGAGACCUAGAGAGGCCAACAAUACACCUCCAUGCAGGUUACUGCUCCACACCGCUCCGGCUCUGCUCCAGAGAAAACCAUGCCGGGAAAAAACUGCUUUGCCUUCCUCAAGGGUCAGCGUCAGAGGAAGUCUGAUGUAGAUGCUGAGCCAGAGGAGAGCCCAGGGAGCAGCAGCAGCAGCAGCAGCAGUAGCAGCAUCGGGGCUGUAGAUGCCCUCUCCACAGCUCCGGCACCAGCCCCUCUCCAGGCCUCUGCGGGAGAGCCAGGACAGAGAGGAGACAGCUCCUGCUCUGACUCCGACAGUCCUGUAGAAUCCAGCUCCUGCGAGGAGGACGAGGAGGACGAGGAGGAGGAGGAAGAGGAGGAGGACGAAGACCCCACUAUGUUCUCCUCCAAAUUCCUUAGCGGGGCCAACCCCCUCAAUGCUGUGUCCUCUGCUGUGAAUAAGUUUGGGUUAUUUGGAGAUGAAGGCGAGGGGGAUAAGAAAGCACCUUCCCAGCAGGGGGUGAAGCCAUCUGGAGAACAGCAGCCAGGAGCAGGCCUUGGCAAGGGCCCCCAACAGCAGCAGGUAGCCCAAAAAUCAGGCCAGGGCCCCCCUGUGCAAAAGGGCCAGCCUCCCCCGAAACAAGGAUCACCACAGCUGCAAGGGAAUGGACAGGCUGGACCCCCAAACAAACCUGGUGGGCAACAAGCUGCUCCAAAGGCAGGGACACAGCCUGGAGGCCAGCUUAAAGGAGAGCCACAGAAAAAUCAACCUAAGGGCCCACCACAGCAAGGCUCACCUAAACCUGGAGCUCAACAACCGACUGUGACCAAGAGUGGAGCACAGCCAGGAUCUCCAAAGGCAGCGUCACAACAACAGGCUCCACCUAAGACAGGGAUGCAACAACAAGGGCCUGCUAAGACUGGUGCACAGCAGCAACAACCUGCAAAGACUGGGGUGCAAGGCUCACAGCAAGGGUCACCUAAAGUAGGACAGCAACAACAGGGGUCACCAAGAAUUGGACAGCAACAGCAACAACAGGGCUCACCAAAACUUUCACAGCAACAACAGGGCUCAUCUAAGGUGGGGCAACAACAGCAAGGCAUCAGGACUGCACCCCAGCAGCAGUCGUCUGAUAAACCUGCACCUCAGAAACAAGGGCCUAAGGGACCUGGUACACCUGACCUGUCACGGGCGGGGUCCUCAUCACCGGGACCAACUAAAGCUGGAUCUCAGGCAAAAGCAGCAGCUAAGUCCCUUUGCCCAGUGUGUAAAACAACAGAACUUAAUAUGCACACCAAGGAACCACCGAAUCAUAAAACCUGUACACAGUGUAAAACCCAAGUGUGCAGCUUGUGUGGCUUCAGUCCGCCAGAUUCUGAUGGGCGUGAGUGGCUUUGUCUCACCUGCCAGAUACAGAGAGCCCAAGGAGCCCCUGAACCAUCGGGACCUUCCAUGAAGAAGCCGACGCCCAACAAAGCUCCUGCUCCUCAAAACCGGACACCAUCUCCUGCUGCACCUGUCAAAAAAGAGACGUCAGCGCCAGGUUCACCUCAGAAAAUGCAGUCUACAUCAGCAAAAGUGCCAGCCAAGGGUGAAGCUGCCAAAGGACCAGAAAGUCAAAAACAGGCCAGUCCAGCUCCUGUUCAGAAAAUGACACCCGAGACCCAGCGAACAUCAGGGUCUCAAAAACCAGACCAGACUAGUCAAAGUGGACGCAAGCAAAGCAGUGCCCAGCAGGAGUCAGGGGGAUUAUUUGGCUUUGGUGGUGCUAAAACUGAACCUGCGAAGCCCGAAGAGUCGGUGACUGGGAAGAUGUUUGGUUUUGGCUCCUCCAUUUUCAGUUCUGCAUCUACUUUAAUGGCUUCAGCUGUUCAGAAUGAGCCUAAAACCACACCACCAGUUUCUCCCAAAAUGCAGUCUGCAAAGGAGACCAAACCAGCUCCUGUCCAAAAGCCAGCGCAAGACAAGAAACAAGAGCAACCCCAGCAGGCAAAGGCGAAUCCACCAGGACAGGUCAAAGUGGACAAAGCACCAUCGGAAACUCAAAAGGCAGCAGCAGCCUCCCACAACGUUCCUAAAGGAGGUCAAUCCACUUGUCCACUGUGUAAGGUGGCGCUCAAUAUGGGCUCAAAGGAUCCUCCCAACUACAACACCUGCACUGAAUGCAAAAGCAUUGUCUGCAACCAAUGUGGAUUUAACCCCAUGCCAAAUGUCAAUGAGGGAAAGGAGUGGCUUUGUCUAAACUGUCAGGUGAAACGAGCUGCCGGUGGAAUUGAACCUCAAAAGGACACGUCUGCGUUUAAUGCGCUACAAAAGACUUCUGCACCAGGUUCGCCUCAGAGGAAAGUAUCUACACCUGCAGCACAACCAGCCAAGGCUGGAGCUGCUAAAGGACCAGACAGUAAACAGGCCAGCCCAGCUCCAGGUCAGAAAACACCUCAGGAGACCCGGAAGACAGGUCCUCAGAAACCACCAGACCAGACAAGCCAAACUGCACAAAAGCAGGGAAAUGCCACAACAGCUACAAAGCAAGAGUCAGGAGGGUUCUUUGGUUUCGGGGGUCCUAAAAGUCAGCCCGAUGCUGCAAAGCCUGCAGAAUCAGCGGCUGGGAAAAUGUUUGGUUUUGGUUCCUCCAUCUUGAGUUCUGCAUCUACUUUGAUCACCUCAGCUGAACCCAAAACUACACCGCCAGUUUCUCCGAAAAUGCCUGCUGCAAAGGACUCCACGCCGCCCACUGCCAAGAAACCAGAACAGGAGAAGAAACCAGAACAACCCCAGCAGGCCAAGGGUCCUCCAUCAGAGCCGCCAAAGAAAGCAUCAGCUUCCCCAGUAGUUUCCAAAGCAGGCCAGUCUACCUGUCCUCUCUGUAAACUCAAACUCAAUGUGGGCUCUAAAGAUCCUCCCAACUACAACACCUGUACAGAGUGCAAAAACACUGUCUGCAACCAAUGUGGAUUUAACCCCAUGCCAAAUGUUAAAGAGGUAAACGAGUGGUUAUGUCUUAACUGCCAGAUGCAGAGAGCACUAGGAGCAUCUGAGCCUCCGGGAACUCCCAUGAUGAAACUACAGGCCUCACCAAAUAAAGUCCCUGCUCCUGCCAAUGCCAUAAAUAAGGAAACUCCCCCACUAGAUAAACCCCAAAAGAAAGACAUUCAAACACCUGCUGAAUCUAAAGCAAAGGAGACAUCUGCACCAGGAUCUCCUCAGAGAAAACCAUCAACACCAGCAGCAGGGCAGCCAGCAAAGGCUGAAGUCAUGAAAGGACCAGAAAGUCAGAAACAGGUCAGCCCAGCUCCUGGUCAGAAAACUCCGCAGGAGAGUCGAAAGACAGGUCCUCAGAAACCACCAGACCAGACAAGUCAAACUGGACGUAAGCAGAGUAAUACUACCUCAACUACACAAGAGGAAUCUGGGGGGUUCUUUGGAUUUGGUGGUACUAAACCUCAGCCUGAUGCUGCAAAGCCUGCUGAAUCCCUGGGUGGAAAAAUGUUUGGCUUUGGUUCCUCCAUCUUCAGUUCUGCAUCCAAUUUAAUAAACACAGCUGUGCAAGAUGAGUCCAAAACGACACCACCAGUUUCUCCCAAGAUGGCAGCCGCAAAGGCACCUAAAUCUCCAGUUUCUCAGAAACAAGAGCAAGAGAAGAAAGUAGAGCCCAAGACCUCUUCAUCACAUCAAGCCAAAGUAGGAAAAGCUCCACCAGAGCCUCCAAAGGAUGCAGCUCCUUCCCCAGCUGUUCACAAGGCAGGCAAAUCUACCUGUCCACUCUGUAAGGUGGAUCUCAACAUUGGCUCCAAGGAACCUCCCAACUACAACAGCUGCACUGAAUGCAAGAACACUGUCUGUUAA